UCAAGCAGCUGAUUGUCAAGUUGAAAUUCAGAUUUUCGUAUGUGUGUUUAUCUCUGGAUUUUAGUCUGUGAUUUUAGUUUAUUUUUGACUUUGAAAGUAGAUGUUUCGUUCCAUAGCAAUUAGUUUGAGAUAAUUUUUAAACAUGACAUCAAAAGAUUCGUGUAAUUGCAAGCGAGUUUUCGAUGAUUAUCAAGAUUAUUUAACUCAGUAUUUGAAAGAUGCAAAGGAAUUAGCUCUGCUACUUGAUUAUGAUGGAACCCUUACACCUAUAGUUGCGCAUCCUGAUUUAGCAACGAUACCGCCCGAAACAAAAACUGUUCUGCAAGAUCUGUCUAAAAUUCCUAAUAUUUUUAUAGCGGUGGUUUCUGGAAGGAACGUGCAAAAUGUCAAAGAAAAGGUUGGAAUAGACAAUAUCGUCUACGCUGGUAACCACGGUUUGGAAGUAGUUUAUCCCAAUGGCUCAAAAUACACGCACCAGUUACCCACAACAUUCGACGACCAAGUGAAACAACUGAUUACAGAGCUAGAAAAUGCAGUUGUACGAGACGGAGCCUGGAUAGAGAACAAAGGGGCCUCUUUAACGUUUCACUUUAGGGCUACGCCGGAGGAGAAACGACCCGAGAUCGAGAGAACAGCCAGGGAAAUCAUCGAAAAGGCCGGUUUCAAAGUUGGUAACGCGCAUUGCGCCCUCGAGGCAAGGCCUAAAGUCGAGUGGAACAAAGGCAAAGUGGCUUUGCUUAUUUUGGACAAACAGUACGGAGAGAACAAAUGGCAGGGCAAUGUUAAAGUUAUAUUUGCCGGUGACGAUACGACCGAUGAAGACGCAAUGCUUGCUUUAAAAGGCAACUCUGUAACAUUUAGGAUAGCUCCCAACACCCAAAUUGCAACCCACGCAACUAAAAUUCUAUCUUCAACGCAAUCCGUUGUUCACAUUUUAAAACUGAUCCAAAAAAUUUUGAAAAAGUAGGACUAUGUACAUUCCUAUAAAUAAUAAUUAGAAUAAAGUUAUACCGUUAAA